AUGCGUGGCAGAUAUGCGAUUGAGAACGCGACGGCGCUGCGUCUUACGUUUAAUAGUAGUGUGACGGGCGAUGCGAUCCCGUCUAGCUUUUUGGAGCGGUUUAUCCACUCACAGAUCUACGCAGCAUUCCCAAACGCAACCUCCGUCAUCCACUCACACACACGCGCCGUGCUCCCCUUCGGCGUCUCCCACACCGGCCUGCACGCGCAAAUGGGCACCGCAGCCGGCGCACUCGGCGCUCUCACCCCCAACGGCACGCCGAUCUUCGACACCGCUGCUCUACCGGAGAGCGUUUUACCAGCGGAUGCACCGCACGAUUUGUUGAUUAGGGAUGUGCAGCUGGGCGACGCGCUCGCGGGGAGCUUUAAGCAGGGGAGCAAUGUGGUGCUGAUGAGGGGCCAUGGGAUGGCUGUUAUGAGUGCGCAGAGUGAGCAGGCGGGUGUGCGGGAUGCGGUGUUUAGGGCGUUUUAUGGGAUGCAGAGUGCGGUUGUGCAGAUGCAGGCGCUGUUGUUGGGGUUGGCUGGCGGAGGAGGAGGGGGGCCAGGCGCGGGGGUGCAUAUGGAUAUGGGGUUAAGUGCGCGCGAGGCGGUGGAUGCGGCUGCUACGAACGAGGGCGCGUCGCUCCUUGGUCGCGCGUGGGAUUUGUGGGUUGCGCAGGUUGAGGGUGUGUCGUUGUAUACGAACGACUUGCGUGCUGCUGCUACUGCGUAG